AUGAUGCUCGUGACCAAGUUGUUGAAGUCAGCCACCGGAGAGGAUAAUGCGAAUGUUGAGACAUUCAUUGUCGCUGAUCGAAAAGUCCGGACGGGGCUGAUUGCCUCUGCUGUUGUCUCCUCGUGGCUUUGGAGUACCAUGCUCUUGAGCACCACUCUGGUGGCUUACCAGUAUGGCAUCAGUGGUCCUUUUUGGUACGGCGCGGGAUGCUCUCCGAUGAUAGUUUGCUUCGCAUAUCUUGGUAUAGUAUGCAAAAAGCGUGUUCCUAAUGCUCAUACCGUCCUUGAGAUCAUUAAAUAUCGAUAUGGGACCACUGCGCAUGUCAGCUUCAUUUUUUUAGCCAUUUUGAACAACCUGUUUAACACGAUUAACAUGAUUUUGGGUGCUGCAGCCACCAUCACUUCUCUAACAGGGAUGGACAUCAUGGCGUCAACGUUUCUCUUACCGGUUGGGGUUAUUAUAUAUACACUGAUGGGUGGCAUCAAGGCAACGUUUUUAACGGACUACAUCCACACGUUAAUCAUCUUACUUCUUUCUUGCUAUUUGACGACCAAAGCAUUGACGAACUCGGAGGUGUCUUCGAUCGGAGGACUGUAUGACCUGGUACAGGCAGCCCAGCCUCGCCACAAGGUCGAAGGGAACCUCGGCGGAUCCCUGCUCACCAUGUCAUCACAACAAGGCAUAUUUUUCGGCAUCAUCUUGAUGGUAUCAAACUUUGGAGCUGUCAUAGUGAGUUUGGAUUCAGAGAUCGAUGGUCCUGAUUUCAUAUGGCCUACUGACUCGUCCCAGAUGGAUGCUGGCUAUUUUACAAAGGCAUUUGCUGCAUCGCCCGAGGCAGUUGUCCCCGGGUAUGUGGUUGGGGGCAUAUGCUACUUCAGCAUCCCAUGGGCAUUAGGGACAGUCAUGGGGAUGACCGUGCUUGGCUUGGAGACCAGUAGAGCAUUUCCCACAUUCCCUCGACAAAUGACGAAUGGGGAAAUUACAGGAGGACUAGCUCUGCCAUAUGGAGCAAUGGCGAUUGCAGGAAAGGGUGGUGCUGUCGCAACUCUGCUCAUGACAUUCAUGUCCGUGACAUCGACCUUGUCGGCCCAGGUUAUUGCUGUCUCCUCAAUCGUAUCAUUUGACGUUUACAAAACAUACUGUAACCCCAAAUCCAGCAAUGCAGACCUUAUCCGAUGGAGCCGGAUUGGCGUUGUGAUAUUUGGGCUCAUCGCUGCAGGCCUCACUGCUGUCUUUAACCACGUUGGACUUGACAUGGGCUGGACACUAUACAUGAUUGGUAUCAUCGUAUGUCCAGGCAUGUUCCCAUUGAUUCUCACAAUUCUAUGGAAGAAGCAAAGCCAGGCUGCUGCCAUAGCAUCAGCGUACCUCGGUAUGGCAACUGGUAUUGGUAUUUGGCUAGGCACCGCCUACAAGUUUUACAAGGUUAUCGAUAUAAGCACAACAGGCGCUACACUGCCAUGCAUGUAUGGCACGCUUGGGUCAGCGCUGAGUCCACUCUUAUAUUCCUUUAUGAUCACUAUGGUCGCACCCCAAAGGUUUGACUGGGAAUCAAUGAAAGGAAGCCAACUUGUCACUGGUGAUGACAUAGUGGGCUAUACAGGACAGGAAGAAAGGCCACCCCGAAAAAUCCAAAAGCGCGUAGUUCGGACUGCCCUGUUUUGGGCUAUGGCUACAUUCUUCGGAAUUUGGGUUCUUUGGCCACUCCCAAUGUAUGCUGCGAAGUUUGUCAUGGGUAGAAAGCUGUUUAUUGCAUGGGUCACAGUUUCCCUAAUAUGGCUUUGGAUCACUUUGAUUGUGAUAGGAGUGUAUCCACUGUGGAGUGGCCGCGAUCAAAUCGCAUUGAUCAUACACAAAUUCGCUGCCAGCAAAAUGUGA